GGCUGCUGCUGCUCAUACGCUGAAUAAAAGAUGAGCGACGGGGCUUCAGCGCAGCUCAACACAUUAUACAUCCUUCUAGAAACCCUCCUCUGUCCAUCUGGAGCGAUUCUGGAGAGAGCAGGAGACAUUAGUUUCUAGAGAUUGAGAUGUUUUGGGUGAAGCGAGUGGUCAGUGCUGAUGUGUUGGACGCCGCGGUGGAAACAGUGUCGUGGAUCUCUGGAGGAUCUCGCUGUCUGCCACUUCCUGUGACCUCUGACCUCUCCCUUUCCUCUCGGAGCAGCCGCUUAGCAGGCCUGACUAAACACACAAUAACCUGAGGUCCUGUAGGUGUUCUGCGUGAUCCGGGACAGAUGAAGCCUGUGUUUGAGCGGGAUGCGUUCGGGCUGAACCCCUGACUGCGGACAGCAGCCGAGCUGAUCUCUAAUGAUGCAGAGUGAGGACCGCAAGAGAAAGAAACACAGUUUGAACCCCAGAAGCGUGUCAGACGAGUACAGUCUGCGUGAGCGACCCAAAGAAGAAACCACAAAGAUGAAGAAUAAAGUUUCUACUUCACAAGCAGUGAGCAGUAAGAAGAAGCCGUGGUCCUGGGAUCAGUAUCUGGAGGACGAGCGAUCUCAAGCCGCUCCUCUGCAGCUCUUCACUGAGUUCCAGGCGUUUCCUGACAGCAGGAAUGGUUUUAAGGCGGGGAUGAGGCUGGAAGGCAUCGACCCGCUGCAUCCGUCCAUGUUCUGUGUGCUGUCUGUGGCCGAGGUGAUUGGCUUCCGUCUGCGGCUCCAUAUCGAUGGUUACACAGAGUGCUAUGACUUCUGGGUAAACGCCGACUCUCCUGACAUCAAACCGGUGGGAUGGUGCGAGUCGACGGGACACAAACUCCAUCCACCCAAAGGUUACAAGCUGAACGAGUUUAACUGGGAGAAAUAUCUGGAGGCCUGUAAUGCUCAAGCGGCACCGAAGAACCUCUUCAGAUCCCAGAGCAGCGCGUCGAGCGGCUCGGUGUUUGCGGUGGGCAUGAAGCUGGAGGCGGUGGACCGUAAGAACCCGUGUCUGGUGUGUGUGGCCAGCGUCGCCGACAUCGUGGACCAACGCUUCCUAGUGCACUUCGACAACUGGGACGACACCUACGACUACUGGUGUGACGCCAGCAGCCCGUAUAUUCACCCGGUGGGCUGGUGUCAGGAUCACGGCCGGCCGCUCACGGCUCCUCAGGGACACCCGAAUCCUGAGCACUUCGUCUGGGAGGAAUAUAUGGAGGACACGGGUGCGUCUGCGGCUCCCAGUCAAGCCUUCAGUGUGAGAUCUCCACAUGGCUUCCAGACGCACAUGAAGCUGGAGGCGGUGGACAGACGAAACCCCAUGCUGAUCCGCGUGGCCACCGUCACCGACACAGAAGACUACAGAGUCAAAGUGCAUUUUGACGGCUGGCAUGAGAAGUUUGAUUUCUGGGUGGAUUCAGACCUGCCGGACCUUCAUCCCAUGGGCUGGUGCUCCAGAACGGGUCACGCGCUCGAACCUCCGCUCCCUCACGCAGGGCUGUCAGAAAUGAAGAGCUCCGUGACGCAGGGUGUGUGUCCAACCCCGGGCUGCAGGGGCAUCGGCCACAUCAAAGGAGCAAAAUACACCGGACACCACAGUGCCUUCGGCUGCCCGUAUUCUGACAUGAACAUGAAGAAGGAGGUGGUGCUUCCCGACCGGCUCGGAGGAGAGAAGCAGAUCACCUUCAUCCCUGUCAACUUUGUGCAGAAGACCGAACACCUGUGUCCAGACGAGGAGGAGGACGAGGAGGAGGAAGAUGGGAAGGAGGACAUCAGCCAUGUGGACAGCAGGGUGAUGAUGGCGUGUGACGGCGCUCCUCGUCUGCGCGGUCGGCCUGCGAUUCUGAAGAAAGAGCUCAAAGACGAGCUGCUGACGCCGUCGCUCCUCGGGAAGAGACCUCGUUUACCCAGCAGACUCACUCAGUCUACGAAGUAUCUGCGUAUCAAGGAUGAGGACGACGACAUCGAUGUGAACAGCGUUAUUUCAGAGCGUAACGUGGAGAGUCUCCAGCAGGCGCUGCAUCAGUCCGUCUUCCUCUCAGCGAUGUCUGCUCACCCGAGCCGUGAUCUGCCGCUGUGCUGGGAGCAGCACUGUAAGCUUCUGCCCGGCGUGGCCGGCGUUCAGGCCAGUCGCGUCGCUCACUGGACCGUCCAGGAGGUGGCUGAUUUCAUCCAUUCUUUACCCGGCUGUGAGGAACAGGCCAAGCAGUUCAGAGAGGAGCAAAUCGACGGGAAGGCCUUUCUUCUGUUGACGCAGCGAGACAUCGUUAAGAUAAUGAGCGUGAAGCUCGGCCCGGCCCUCAAGAUCUACAACUCCAUCCUGAUGUUCAAACACGCCGAGGACAAGAAGCAGCCGCCGGCGGGAGACACAUGAAGCACAGAUGAAUCUACUGUAUCGAUGCAUUCCUACACCUUUGUGCCCCGAACGCCUCCGUUAGCGCUAAUCACCCUCCGGCCUCGUCUCUGUCAGGUUCCCGCUCUGCCUUUAAGCCUCUCCCUUUCCUUCUCAAACUCAACCACGCGACAAUCAAACGCAGUCGCCGGCGUCUAUCAGGGGUUUCUCUCAGUCACGGUGCUAUUUGUACUCCAACACAAACAGGCGAACAGCGACUACAGGGUGUGUGUGUGUGUGUUUGUGUGUGUGUGUCUCUAAACGAACAGUUCAUCCGCUAAUGAACGUUCUGUCAUCGUUUACUCGCUCUGUACGUGACCAAACCCCUGUGACUUUCACAAAAGAACAUGCUGCUGUUUUCAAUGUAAUGGAAGUGAAUGACAUAAACAGCUCUGUAUCGUAUAAUCAGCUUUGAAUUAGGACUGAAAAUGUUCUGUCUCUCUGAUCAACUUAGUGCUGGGCACCGAUUAAUCGCGAUUAAUCGCAUUAAAAAUAGUUUUUGUUUAUAUUAUAUAUGUUUGUGUACUGUAUAUAUUUAUUAUGUGUAUAUAUAAAUACGUGCACAUGCAUGUAUAUAUUUGAGAAAAAUGUUGUUUAUAUAUUAAAUAUAUUUAUAUUAUAUAUAAAUUAGUGCUGUCAAACAAUUAAUCGUGAUUAAUCGCAUCCAAAAUAAGUUUUUGUUUACAUACUAUAUGUAUAUGUACUGUUCAUUUAUUGUGUGUAUAUAUAAAUACACACACAUACCGUGUAUAUAUAUUGAAAAUAUUUACAUGUGUGUAUAUACAUUUAUUUAUUUAUAUUAUUAUAUUUAUAUUAUACAUAAAUAUAUUUAAUAAAUAAACAUAGUAUAUUUUUCUUAAAUAUAUACAUGCAUGUGUUUGUAUUUAUUUAUAUAUACAUAAUAAAUAAACACAGUACACACACACAUAUUAUGUAAUAAAAAAUCUUAUUUUGGAUGCGAUUAAUCAUUGCCCAGCACUAAAUCAACUUAAGUUCUGUUGAUAUCAGUGACGUUGAGUUUUUGUAGACUGUUUCAGAGGAAGAUUAUCAGUCAAUAAUGACUUUAUACUAUUCAUAUGAGUUCAGAGAACUGCUUUUUGUGCCGUUUUUAAGCUAUUAUAUGAAAAAGAACAUGUUCUUUUGAAAGAAAGUCAUUUGGGUUUGAGUAAACGAUGAGAGGGUGAUUAUUUGUGUCUGAACUCUUCCGUAAUACUCAGAGAUUUGUGCCCGUUCUGUUACUUCCUCUAAUUUUAUUCUGUUUUGUACAGUUCUGUAUGAUUUUGCUGAAUCACCUUUUAUUUAUUGUGCAAAAUCACCGUACAUUUGCACAGGGAAGGAUAAUAAUAAUAUAUUGUAAAUGAUCGAUUUCAAAUGCCAAAAGGAUUUGUUUUAAAUUGAAGAGUGUUUAUUUUUGUGAUGUAUCGCACAGAGCCCCGGUAUUAGACCAAUCCCUGUUUAUGUUUAAUGAAAUAUACUUUAUUAGUGUGAAUGGCUCUGUGAGAAUGUGAUCUGAAUUCCGGUUUCGCAUCAGGGGAUUUUCUGAUGAUUAUUUAAAGACUUGCUAUAAUGCACAACGCAAACGAUAUAUAUAUAUUUGCUAUGAAUUUUGACACUGGUGUGAUUUCAAUGCCGAAUCCGUCUCAUGUUUAUUUAAUUUAGCCAAACGUCAGGAAUGUACAUCCGUCUUGUGUGCAUUUGAGUUUUUGUUCCUUCAGUUUUGCAGCGCAGAAUGAAGACGUUUCAUUGCAUUGCUGUAUUAGUUCAGUCUGUUCACCCAGAUAUGAUGAUUGAUUUAUUGAUCAGAUGCUUUGUACAUAUUUAUAAACCCUCUUUCUUAAACUCACUCACACUUUGUACAACAGAUUUCAUUCAAUCUCCCUAAUAAACCGUGCAAAUCUCA